AUGCAACAGCUAACACAGCUCAAUCCGAUCCAAAGCAAUCGUUUCCCCAUCUUCAAAGAUACCAUGGUCCUUCGUAUACGGCUCGCGCGCUUCGGCAAGAAGCAUUCGCCAUUCUACAACAUAGUCGUCGCGCACGCACGGACAGCACGGAAUUCGCGACCCCUCGAAGUCCUCGGAACAUACGACCCAAAGCCCAAGGCACCCCAUCCAGGAGACACCCACGGCCGCCCAUGGAAAGACAUCAAGAUGGACAUAUCGCGUGCGCGGUACUGGGUCGGUGUGGGCGCGCAGCCUAGCGAUACCGCGUGGAGGCUUUUGAGCAUGGUUGGCAUUUUGGAACCACAAUACCGUGUUUCGCAGAUCCAAGGGAAGGUCGUGAAGGCGGAUUCUGCGGCGAAAUCUAUCAUCAAGCCCUCGGCUACCCCAGCGCCAUCUGUUGAAGCAUAAAGUUCUCACGAGAUUUUUGGUUGUUGGAUAUACGAGUGCCACGGUGGUUUGUACAACAAGGGGCAGAAGCUCCAAUCGGGCAAGCUCUGGUAGGAUGCGAAGUAGACGUAAAGACGUCCACGU